AUGUUGUUCCUCUGUGUCCUCUGUGUUCUCUGUGUCCUCCCCAGCGCCCACCUCUCAUAUGCGCAACAACCACAAAAGUGCAGCAAGCUGCUGACACGCAAAGAAUGGCGGACGUUGACAUUUAGCGAGAAAGCCGAGUGGGUUGGAGCUGUCAAGUGCUUGGCAAGCAUACGACAUGAAAGGUUAUCCUUGACAAAGGACCAGACAGUGCUUGAGGGGAAGAGAAGCUUGUAUGACGAUUUCUCUUAUGCACACGCAUCAGUGGAGCACAGCGUGCACAGGAAUGCCUACUUUCUACCAUGGCACCGUUGGUUCACUUACCUAUUUGACACCUCUCUCCGUCACACUUGCGGGUACAGUGGGCCAACACCAUACUGGGACUGGUCGCGCGAUCACGCAGACCUGUUCAGCUCGCCAGUGUUUGAGGACUCACCGGAGUACGGGCUGGGCGGAACAGGGGAUUGUGAUUCCUCCCCUGAGGCAGACUGUACUGUCACCACCGGUGCUUUUGCCCCGUCUGCUGGGAACUUUGAGCUUGCCUGGCCGAUCCGACAUUCGCUGCGGAGGAACCUAACGCUCAUAACUGGCUGGUACCCCCAUGAGCAGCCUCAAAACCGCACCCUCGGCCCGGACUUCGUGCGCAACCUGACCGAGCAAACCACUGGCGACUUUUUUAGGUUCCAGCACGCAAUGGAACUAUUGCACAAUCACGUACACAAUUUCGUUGGAGGUGACUUGGCAGGAGAUUGCCCGAAGGUCUUGCCAGAGGAGGAUUGCCAGGGCAUGGCAAUCAGCUUCACGCCUAAUGACCCGCUCUUUUGGCUGCAUCAUGCGCAACUUGACCGAUUGUGGAGUGAGUGGCAGCGCCACCACCCAUCCAACUUCGCCGCCUUUUCCGGCGUGCCCCUAACCCCGUACAAUAUGACUGACCCACGCUACGACCUUGAUGCGCAUGCAGAUUAUCAGAUGCCCUUUGACGUUCUAAGUGUAGCUAUGACGCCGAGGAUGGUGUUUGAUACGGAGGGUUGGCCGUUGUGUUAUCAGUAUAUAGAUGAGGAGUGA